CUGAAGCAAUGGAGUUGAGCUGCAGUGAAGUACCUCUCUACGGGCAGGUGACUGUAUUUGCAAAGUUCGGCAAAAAUGUUUAUCUCCCUAAGGAUGCUGAAUUUUACUUCAUUUAUAAUGGGUCUCAUCAGAGACAUGUAAUGUUUGCACGCCGCGUGGGCAAUAAUAUUCUUCAGUCGACGGUUCCAGGUCACGAGUUUCGGGAGAUGGUGCUGGUGUCCGUUUGCCUCUACUCGGAUGGGUAUUCACCCGUGACCAUGGGCUGCUGCUCUGUGACCUAUGUGGACAACGUGGCUUGUGGGCUGUCUCGUCUCCUCGUGAGCCAGGUGGGCUGCCUGACCUCGAGGAGCCAUCAGACUCUCCUCGGCCAGUGUGGCCUGACGGUGAAGGACCUGUUUGACUUGGAGGAGGACCUGGUGUUGGCUGUUGCCCAUAUGGAGUUGCCGCCCAUGUGGAGCGUGCUGGGAAAUUCCUCAGCCGAAGAAUCUGUUCCCAAGGAGUCUCUCCUUCACCUCACAAUAAGGUGGGGCCUGGUGAAAUUUUUCCAGUUCCUCUUGGGCCUACCAGGAGGAUCUGAGGCCUUGGCCCUACCUAACGAAGAAGGGGUCACCCCAAUGGACUUGGCAUUGCAACUUGGACACUCCUGUCUGGUUGAAGUCAUCACGAAAUUUCAGGGCAGCUGUGUGCCGGAGAGCUGUUCACCGGACUUCGCUAGAGCCCGAAUCAGUGACUCGGCGUCUCUGCGAUUUGUCCGCUCCUCAGGAACCCUGACCCUGACGUUCAAUCACACCGCGGAGCACUUACUGGAGAAUGACAUUAAGCUCUUCAGGAAAUACUUUUUGGAUCGACCCUUUCUUUACAAGGUUCUUGAUCAAAGUCAAGUCAGACAAGAGGAAGAACCUCUAAUGCCAACCAGUGCAACAGAGACUGAGAAUUCGGUGCCCAGCGGCUCGCCACCUGAAAGGGAAGAUGUGAAGAGCUUCAAAAACCUAGUGGUCCAGCCCAGUGAAAAUGAAGAUCUACCCAUACUGGACUUAGAACGACACCACUCCUUUGAUGUGCUCAAAAAAUCUAGUCAUCCACCAAACUUCCUUGCUACAACGAAACUUUCUGCCAUGUUGAAUGGAAGUGAUGAAGUGUAUGCAAACUGUAUGGUAGUGGAUCAGGUGGGUGAUUUGGAUAUUAAUUACAUCGAUAUGGGCGGCAUGGCCAGCACGGCUGGCCUGGGGUCCACGGACCCUGCUCCCAGCCCGGCCCGCGGCUCCCCUGCCUCCCCCAAGGAGGUUUAUGUACUAGAUGACAUGAAUCCAGUGGCUGCCAUUGGGAGAGAGCGGCAGGCCUGCUGCCUGGCAUCUAGCAGCCGAUGUACGGUGGGCUCCCAUCCCCCUUUCACUGCCUGUGGGGCUGAGCAGGACCAGAGCCACCUGAAGAAGAGAAGCUCUAGCCUCGAUGCCCUGGAUGCUGACAGUGAAGGAGAAGGGAAUUCUGAGCGCUGCCAUAUCUGCUAUCCCUCAGUGUCCCACGGCUCCUCGGCGACGCUGGCCAACAGCCAAGAUGAACUGGACUCUUUUGAGACAAACGCUGAACUGGAUUUUAACAUCAGCAGGACCGAAUCUCUUUCUUUAUCGAACAAUCUGCAAGCCAAGGAAUCCCUGUUGUCUGGAGUCCGAUCCCGGUCCUAUUCCUGCUCCUCACCCAAAGUUUCCUUUGGGAAGUCUCGCCUGGUACGUGACUUUGCGGUGUGUGAUGCAAACGAAGAGCAAAGGGCUCACAGCUUGCCGGAACCGUCGAGAGAGAAAAGGAUUCAGGAGGUGGAAUGGGACAGGUACAUUUUACCUACCAAGUCCGAGUCUGAAAAAUACAAAGUGAGCCGCACAUUCAGCUUCCUGAUGAACAGAAUGACGAGCCCCAGGAAUAAGUCCAAGGCCAAGACCAAGGAUGCUAAAGACAAAGAGAAAGGGAAUCGGCAUCAGUUUGUACCUGGGCCGGGCAGUGGGGUCCUGCCGUGUCUGGUUUGUGACAAGGUUCUCCCAGGGAAGGACUCACUGCAAUGCUCUAACUGCAAUGCAAGCAUCCACAAGAGCUGUAAGGACGGCGCACCCACCUGUAACAAGAAACUCCAAGAGAGGUUCCAUAGCAAGAACCGACCACAAGCUGUGUUUGGAAACUCCUCAUUCAAGGACCCCUCUCCGCCAGGUUUCUCCUCCCUGCACCCUUCUCCCUCCCUGCCUGUCGGACUGCCCCCGGGCAAGAAAGAAGCUCCGGCUCAGACCCACACUCUGUCCAGGAGCGUCCCAAUCGCCAGCUUGGAGAGCUUCCGGAGACCCGUGAUGUCCCUGGAGUCCGAGUCGGACAGUGGCCCCUGGAGGAGCCGUUCCCAGUCCGACGAGCUGGCGCUGCUACAGUCGGUGGGAUCGUCACCGUCAAUGGACUCGUUCAUCAUGGAAGAUGACGUGGAUUCUUCCCUGUGGAGUGACCUCAGCUCUGAUGCCCAGGAGUUUGAAGCGGAGUCCUGGAGUCGCAUCGUGGAUCCGUCGUUUUGCAGGAGGCAGGAAAAGAACGUCAUCAAGAGGCAGGAUGUCAUUUUCGAGCUGAUGCAGACAGAACUGCAUCACAUCCAGACCCUGUUCAUCAUGUCGGAAAUAUUCAGGAAAGGGAUGAAGGAGGAGCUGCAGCUCGACCACAGCACCGUGGACAGAAUCUUCCCCUGCUUAGACGAGCUGCUGGAGAUCCACAGGCAUUUCUUCUACUGCCUGAAGGAGAGGCGACAGGCGUCCUGCGAAGGGAGUGAUCAGAAUUUCGUGAUCAGUAGAAUCGGGGACAUCCUCGUGCAGCAGUUCUCGGAAGAAAAUGCCAAUAAAAUGAAGAAAAUAUAUGGAGAAUUCUGUAGCCAUCAUAAAGAAGCAGUUAGUCUCUUCAAAGAGCUGCAGCAGAACAAAAAGUUCCAGAAUUUCAUCAAACUGCGGAAUAGUAAUCUUCUGGCUCGUCGACGAGGUAUUCCAGAAUGCAUUCUAUUGGUCACUCAGCGCAUCACCAAAUACCCGGUUUUGGUGGAAAGGAUAUUACGGUACUCUACAGAAGGAACCGAAGAACAGAAAGAUUUACACAAAGCCCUCCGCCUGAUCAAGGACAUGGUUGCCGCUGUGGAUUUGAAAGUCAACGAAUAUGAGAAGAAGCAAAAGUGGUUGGAGAUCCUGAAUAAGAUCGAGAACAAAACCUGCACGAAGCUCAAGAACGGCCACGUUUUCCGGAAGCAAACCCUGCUGGGCCGGGAGCGGACUCUGCUGCACGAUGGGCUGGUGUACUGGAAGACUGCUACGGGACGUUUCAAAGAUAUCCUAGCUCUGCUUCUAACAGAUGUGCUGCUGUUUUUACAAGAGAAAGACCAGAAAUACAUCUUUGCAGCAGUUGACCAGAAACCCUCCGUCAUCUCCCUGCAGAAGCUCAUUGCCCGGGAGGUAGCGAAUGAGGAGCGAGGGAUGUUUCUAAUCAGCGCCUCGUCCGCGGGGCCGGAGAUGUAUGAGAUUCACACCAAUUCCAAGGAAGAGCGGAACAACUGGAUGAGGCGGAUUCAGCAGGCAGUAGAAAGGUGUCCGGAGGAAGAAGGAGGGAAGGUGAGCGAGUCGGACGAGGACAAGCGGAGAGCCGAGGCCGUGGCCGCCAGGAUCCAGCAGUGUCAAGAAACCCUCAGGAUCCAGGACCAGCAGAUCUGCGACUGUCUGGAAGAGAAGCUGCAGAUCUACGCGGAACUGGGGAAGAUGAGUGGUUUCGGGGAUGUGCGGCUGGAGCCCCACCUCCUCAUCAAGCCGGACCCCAGAGAAGCCCCCCCAGCCGGGUCAUUGGUGACAGCAGCACUGAAGGAAACGGAGACCUUGCACGACGCCAUGAGAGCGACGCAGAUGAUGGAUGCUAUCCAGGAGUCUGGGGACGAUUGUGGCAGCUCAGGCUUGGCCCCCACACCCGGUGCCAGGGAAAUUCUUGCGUCACCUGCUCCCUCGCUUGUCCCAGACAUACACCAAGGAAGAGGAUCUCGUGACAUGGAUCCCAAUAUCCGUUGUCUUGUAAACGACGUGGCAGGCUCUGAUGCAGGUGACAAGGUGGAAGACCUUGGGAUUCCAGUCUCUACCCAGGCAGAGAUCAUCCAAGCCAUACACAACCUAACCCGCCUCUUGUUCAGCCUCCAGGCAGUUCUUACCAUCCAGGAGAGUCACAUGGAGAUCCACAGGCUGGUUCUGCAGGAACACGAGAGCCUCUGCCAGGGCCGUGCUCUGCGGGUCGCCCUGCUGCCCGAGGCGGAGGGAGGCGACGGGCUGGGGAAGGCGAGGGACCCGCCGGCCGACCUCCCGGUCAGCCUCCACAAGCUCCAGCACCAGUUCCGGCAGGAGCAGGAGCGCUGGCGGCGGCGGUGCGAGCAGCAGCGGAGGGAGCAGGAGGCCCAGGAGAGCCGGCUGCAGGAGCGGGAGCGCCAGUGCCAGGCCAAGCUGGAGCUCCUGCACCGGACCCGCGGGGAGCUGGACCACCAACUCCGCGAGCACCGGCAGAACGUGGAGAUGCUCAGGGAGGGCCAGAGGAAGGUGGAGAGGGAGAGGGAAAUGAUGAAGAUCCAGCAGAGUCCCUGGAGACACAACCGCCAAAGCAGCCUUCCCACAGCAUUCGCACAAGGACCCGGGGAGGAAAUAAGCCUGAACCGAUUGGACGGUUCAAGUCAUGAAAACUCACUCUUCAUAAAUGAAGCUGUGGUUCCCGUGUCACCUAACAGUCCCUGUACAUCAAAUCCACCUGGAGUCUAUCGAGAAGGAUCUCAUUCGACAAACGCCUCGGGGGAGACAAGGACUAGUGAAGCAGACCAAGCCACUCUCCAGAAGGGCACGGCUGAUCCCACGGAUGAUCCCUGCCAACUUUGGAGCUCUGCUGGUCCCAGCCAGCGGACCCCCGCCCCUCUUCCCUGGAGCAGCAAGGAUGCUGGUUACAAUGCUCUGGUGGCGGAGCCGGGAUGGGGUCCGGAUCUAGGGAGCGAACAACCCCGACCCACCCCCGAAGACCAGCGGAACCCGGGCGGGGACCCCAGCGGAGGAGAUGGCGUGGAAGAAAACAUUGUUUACCUCUAAUCUUGUGCGAAAAUGACACAGAUAAAAAAAACACUAGCACUUUUGGUGAAAAAGUUGUACGUCAGCUUUCCGAAAAUGUGUAUUUCCCAUAAGGCCAGACUGUGCUAAGGAUGGCUGGGUAUUCGAGACCCCCUGUACGGUUCCACUUCUUGCCGUGAGUGUAACUACUGAUUAAGUUAUUGAGAAUGGCCCUCGUUUCUAAUCUUUAACUCGUCACCCCUCAUUUCAGAUGUGACAUUUACCUCCUGUUCUUCUGCCGCAAAGCCUCUCACUUGAAUGGGGGCUUUUUAUGGCAGAAGAAGGGGUGAAUUUCCCAUCAUUGACAUCACGGUCCAAAUUGGAUUUCUAUUUGACCGCCACCACAUUUGGUAGAUACAACCCAUCUCCCUCUUGGACCCCUACCGGAGUGGCUCCAGAGGCUGCUGUGGGACUGGUCAGAUUUGACUUCCUUCAACGGUCCGGGGAGAUGGCCGUGUGUCUGGAGAGCUCACAUCCGCUUCCGCCUUCCAUCACGGAGCUCUCCCCUUCCAUUAAGGAAACGAAAUGGAAACCGUCUCUGGCUGUGAGGCCUGCUGUAUAUUGCUUUUCCAUGAAGGAAAACCACACCCUGUCUUCAGAAAGGUGACUUCCCCCGCCCCACACCAUGUGUGUUAGAAAAUAAACCAGGAAAUGUUUUCAAGUUGUCCUUCAAAAACAUUUGUAUACUUUGGUCGGUGUCAAUAAAUAUCUCAUACCUCAUUG